AUGACGAACAUUCAGCAAUGCGGAUGCGAAACUGGAAGUCGGCAAUGCUUGGUACCUCCAUUCUACAUUGGGCUCCUCAACCACGGCCACGAAUAUGACGCCAACGCGUCCCGACGCGAUCGCGACCAACUCCUAUCGCUGUUACCAGCGUCGUACCGCAAAGAUUCUGGUGAAUUAGCUGCCGUUGGUCGUCAUAUCACGGCCUGUGUUGCGAAGGAGCUCCACCUGGAGCGGCUUACCCGCAUCCACGACUGGCUCUGGGUCGCGGGCUUGCCCUUGCCGCCACGGGCGUUGCACAACCAGCUCCUGCUAGGCCGAGGAAUCUUUGUCACGGAGCGGAUGGACAUGCAUCUCGUCUGGACGACAGGUCAGAUCUUCCUCAAGCCGAUCCCGCGCUUCCUUCUGGAGCCCAGCUUCUGGGCUGAAUAUCUCUGUUGCAGAGGUGGCUGUGGAUUUCGUGACGUGGAUGUUGUCGUCUGCGGCGCCACGGGGAAAUGUGAGUGCCAAGGCCUCCGACGGCGCGCGCUUGGCUUCCUCGCCUCCUAUGCAGCGCUCAUAUGCCAUGAGAGUGACUUCCGCAUCGCCCAGGAUAAGCACCUCCUUCCGCCGGAGGUCGCAUGGCCCGCGUGGAGGAUAUUCGUCGAGCAGCUGGAUACGGAGCACGUCUCUGCGCGUGUUGACCCCCGGUUCCACUACGGCGAGCUUCGUCUGAGCCGACUGAACAAGAUAUACACCUUCACGCAGACCCCGCUGCGUGGCUACGUGCGCCACUGGAAUCAGUACGGCGCUUUCUUUCAUGACAAUUUUGCCUGGCUGGCUAGCGCAUCGCUCUACAUCGUUAUUGUCUUGACCGCAAUGCAGGUCGGGCUCGCAACGGAUUCCCUCGGCCGCAAUGAUGCCUUCCAAGCUGCAUCGUACGGCUUCACGAUCUUUUCUAUUCUGGGGCCCCUCAUUGCCGUCUCGCUUAUCAUGAUGCGCCAUGAUCCGAGAUGGGCCACAUUCAAUGGCGCCUAUAUCAACGAGAAGGUCGAAUUCCACCUCGAGAGAGUUGUCGCUGGCGAGCCAACAGAUGAUUGUCUGAUCGACCUCUUCACGCACAUGAGCUUGACGCGUGACCCGGAAGCGAGGCAAGAUAUGGUUCCCGACGAGAUCUGGCAAAGUCUAGAACCCGAUCCCGAGAUCUCGGACCUGGAAGCUCAAAGGGACAAGUUGAAGACGGGCGUUAUCGGAUUCGAGGCACCAAACACGAAGACAAAGAGUAUUCGGGAAUACUAUCGGCAGUACUACUUUUACCAUCGCCCCACGUGGGAGAUUGAACAGCAGCUUGUGGGAGAUGAUCAGGUCGACGAAGCAUAUUCAGCACCAGCGAUUGACCUUCACGUACCGGAGCGUGAGCGACCGGCGAACUUGCUGUGCCAGCAAGCGGAUGACCUGGAUUUCGAUGGCUUCUUGCGCCUGCGUGUCGAAGUUGCUGAGCUCAUGGUUGCUCUUAUUGGGAAGCGAGAAACGGCCAAGCGGAAGCGCAUCGUUAAGAAGGUCCAGGGCGAUAUCCCUUCCCCCGUGCCAGACCAAUCACCGGAGCCCGGCCGCUUUCCGCUGGUCAUGCGGAAGGCACAAUGUCCCCGUUGCAUCGGUGAUGAAGCCAUGUCCGUGGAAGAGAGGACAUUCGCCUACUGUCGGCCGGCCGUGAUGAACGAUCAUUUCGAUCGCGAACAUCUAGUCACGAUGGAGCAGAUGAGCCGCGAUGGUUUCAUCGGCUGCAUGCACUCUAAGUGCAGGGAAGAGGACAUUAAGUUGCACAGUCUUGAUCAUUUUCGGACUCACGUCUACAACACGUAG